AUGCUGCCUACCGCCGUUCGUAUCUUCUCCAGGCGCACAGCUGCCAUCGUGCCGGCACAAGCUCGACUCUGCUCUUCCUCAGCUUACUCUUCGAGUCUUCUCAAAGCCAAGACCGCAUCGACAACGCUCAACACAUCUUUGUCCGAAUCGACUCGCCUUACGUCGUGGGCAGCCACGCAGUCGUCGCCGCUAGCCAAGUCGUUGGAACAGCAGCAGAGGGGGAUGAAGGUCCGUAGCUCGGUGAAGAAGUUCUGCGAUGGCUGCUCGGUCGUCCGUCGCAAGGGUAGGCUGUAUGUUAUUUGCAGCAAGGAUCCUAAGCAUAAGCAGCGCCAAGGAUGA